UUUUUCCUUCUUCUCUACUACUCUCUCUCUUUCUCUCUCUCAAAGUUUCAAUCUUUUUCAUGAGAGAAACACAUUCUCAAAAAAUCAUUACAUACCCUUUUCUUUUUCUUCAUUUGGGUUCUCAUUAAUCUUCAUUUUUCAACCUUCCCUUUUGUUAUUUUAUCUCUAUUUUUUUUUUCAAAUUUCUGUUAUGUCUACUGCUCCGGCACCUUCUUCGCCGCCGGCGGGCAACGCCACCGCGCCUCCACCGUCAACCCCUGCCGCACCACCACCGGCCACACCUUCAGCACCACCUCCUGCAACACCUUCGCCACCGCCUCCGGCGACACCUUCGUCACCGCCUCCGGCGACUCCCUCAUCACCUCCACCGGCGACUCCUUCAUCACCACCUCCGGCUACUCCUUCAUCACCACCUCCGAAGACACCCCCAACGUCUCCACCGUCAAAAUCUCCGCCGUCACCCAUCGCGCCGUCGACAUCUCCGCCGGCACCCACCGGCGUAGUUACUACUCCGAGUCCACCUACACGGAGCUCGCCUCCCCCUCCUUCCAGAACUCCUCCGGCCAUCAAAACUCCUCCGUCGUCUUCAUCGUCUUCAAGCAUUUCCACCGGCGUAGUCGUCGGAAUCGCCGUCGGAGCAGUGGCGAUUCUCGUAGUUCUAAGCAUUCUCUGUAUAUGCUGUAGAAAAAAGAAAAGAAGACGUGAUGAAGAAUACUAUGGUCAUCAUCAGCAACAACAGAGACCCAAAGUUGAAUCUUAUGGCGGUCCUCCGAACCAAUGGCAACAUAAUGCUCAGCCUCCUUCCAAUCACGCAGUCUCAAUGAUGCCUAAGCCACCACCUCCUGCCCCCGUUGCACCGCGUCCUCCAUCUUACACGCCGCCGGCUCCUCCUCCUUUCGUGAACAGCAGUGGUGGGUCAGGAUCAAACUAUUCGGGCGGUGAACUGCUUCCACCUCCUUCUCCUGGCAUUGCGCUUAGCUUCACAAAGAGCACGUUUACAUACGAAGAGUUGGCGCGUGCUACUGACGGUUUCUCCGAUGCUAACCUCCUCGGACAAGGUGGAUUUGGAUAUGUUCAUAGAGGUGUCCUCCCAAACGGUAAGGAGGUUGCUGUUAAGCAACUAAAGGCUGGAAGUGGACAAGGAGAACGCGAAUUUCAAGCCGAAGUUGAGAUCAUUAGCCGCGUUCAUCACAAACAUCUUGUUUCUCUUGUUGGAUACUGCAGCACCGGGUUUCAAAGGCUUCUUGUUUAUGAGUUUGUUCCUAACAAUACAUUGGAAUUCCAUUUACAUGGAAAAGGACGACCAACGAUGGAUUGGCUAACAAGACUGCGAAUUGCUUUAGGAUCAGCAAAAGGACUCGCUUAUCUUCAUGAAGAUUGUCAUCCAAAGAUCAUUCAUCGCGAUAUUAAAGCUGCUAAUAUCCUUCUGGAUUAUAAGUUUGAGGCAAAGGUUGCAGAUUUUGGUCUUGCAAAGAUUGCCUCUGAUCUCAAUACUCAUGUUUCGACUCGAGUGAUGGGGACUUUUGGGUAUCUGGCUCCAGAAUAUGCAUCUAGUGGAAAACUUACAGACAAAUCAGAUGUUUUCUCCUAUGGAGUCAUGCUCCUCGAGUUAUUAACUGGACGACGACCGGUUGAUAAAAAUCAGACUUACAUGGAGGAUAGUUUGGUCGAGUGGGCUAGGCCUUUGCUCAUGCGUGCUUUAGAAGAAGAUCAUUUGGAUUCUCUGAUUGAUCCAAGGCUCCAAAAUGAAUUUGAUCCUAAUGAGAUGACUCGUAUGGUGGCGUGCGCUGCAGCUUGCACUCGUCACUCCGCAAAGCGUCGACCUAAGAUGAGCCAGGUUGUGCGCGCUCUCGAAGGAGACGUGUCACUAGCGGAUCUUAACGAAGGAAUUAGACCGGGACACAGCACUAUUUACAGUUCUCAUGAAAGCUCAGAUUAUGACACUCAACAAUACAAGGAAGACAUGAUUAAGUUCCGAAAAAUGGCGUUAGGAACUCAGGAGUAUGCCGGAAGCAGCGAGUACAGUGCAGCUACAAGUGAGUAUGGUUUAAACCCGUCCGGCUCAAGUAGCGAAAACCAAAGCCGCCAAACAACAAGGGAAAUGGAAAUGAGAAAGUUGAAGAACAGUCAAGGAUUCAGUGGAACUUCAUGAGCCUUUGACACAAAUUGCUUGCUAUAAUUUUUUCUUUAUCUUGUAUAAAAUCAUGUCAUUGAUUUGUUUUUUCACCUUAUGGCAGCACAGUUGAAUUUUGCUUGACUGACAUGUUUGGAGAGUGACUUACCAAUUAUUGUUACUAUUUUUUUCACCAAAAAUGUUUCAUAUAUUUUACUUGUAUUUAUCAAGGUAUACAACAAAUAACACAGUUGAUUCUUUCAUUAUUAUUUUUUCCUUAUUAAGCUUUAAGGGUUGGAAA